GUGCACAAGUGUGUGUGUCUGACCGACUGUGCCUGUGUGUGGGUCUAGUCCAGCAGAAAGAGAGGGAGGUGGGGGAGAACAGGGGAUGUACCAGGCACCUUGAGCAGUUCCUAGGCUCCUGAUUGGUGCCUGGGCUGUCCUCUGAGUUGCCUUUAAAAAGCCCAGCCCAGAUGUCCUGGCCCUGGAUCCAGUAACGGUGAAGGAGAGGAGACACAGGUCAAUGAGUGAAGAGAGAGUAUGAAGACUGAAGCUGGGCAUAUUGAAGACAACUUUACUCCUCUUACCUUCUUGCUAAGUGUGCUUUGUGGAAACGUGCUCUGUUGAAACGUGCUCUGUUGCCUAGCUGAACAUUUCUCUUCUCAGGACAAAAUGACUACUGAGUGUCCGGUUGAUAACUAGCUGGGUGCUGUCUCACUAAAGACAGUUUGACUGAACACAGACGGACAGUAGACUUCCUUACAUAGUCUAUCUGCAGACUACCUGAGAGACAGACAGUAGACUUCAUUACAUAGUCUAACUGCAGACUACCUAACAGACAGACAGUAAACUUCAUGACAUAGUUUAACUGUCGACUGAAUACCUGACAGACCAUUUUCAGAGAACUGCCACAGUGCUCAUUUGACACAGGAGAUCCUAACAAUACCUUGACCAGAUGAUUCUCAAGAUCUUCCUCACCCUCCUCUUCCUCCAUGGUUUGGUGCUAAAUGCAUCCUCCUCUUCCUCAUCCUCCGAAGAGGAGGAUGGCGGGAGCAGUGAGAAGGACAGCGGGGAGCAUCAUCCUAAAGGUGUCCCUCAUGGUGGACACUGGGGCUACGAAGAUCAAGCUGCCUGGUCCUCUGAGUUCUCACACUGCAGUGGAAAAUCCCAGUCUCCCAUUGACAUUGAUACCAGGAGAGCCCUCUAUGACCGCAGCCUGCCACCCAUAACUCUGGAGGACUAUGAUCUGACAGACAGCUCAGCAUUGACACUGUUGAACAACGGCCAUACCUUGCAGCUGGUCCUGCCCAACACCAUGCGCAUCACCAGUGGGUUUGACAACGAGUUCCGGGCCGCCCAACUGCAUUUCCACUGGGGGACCAAAGAGGUGCCAGGAUCUGAACACACCAUAGAUAACGUCCACUUCCCUGCAGAGAUCCACAUAGUUCAUUACAACUCUAAAUAUGCAAAUCUGUCCGAGGCAGCCAGCAAAUCAGAUGGCCUGGCUGUAUUAGGGGGCUUCAUCGGGAUUGGUCUUCAUGAGAAUGACAACUAUGAAAAGAUCCUGUCUGCGCUCGCUGAUGUCAGCAUCGAAGAGUCUAACACUGAGAUCCCUGCCUUCAAUGUCCGUCAUCUUUUGCCAAACAAGCUGGAGCGCUUCUACAGAUAUAAUGGCUCCCUUACCACUCCUCCCUGCUUCCAAACAGUCAACUGGACAAUGUUCAAUGAUACCAUCACAGUGUCCAGGAGGCAGUUGGCUGCUCUGGAGGACACACUGAAAGCAGGCCAACACCAGCACCUGACCAAGAAUUUCAGAGCACCUCAGCUUCUACAUGGGAGACACGUCCUUGCCUCGUUCACAGACACUCCCACCAUAGUCGUUGCAGGACAUCCAAGUAUCUCUAUCAACACCUUGUCGGAGACUGAUGCCUCUAACAGUGAAGGGCCAUCAACUGGGCCAUCUGAGGUCCUAGCAAGAGGAGAUAUCUUGGCCAUAGCCUUCGGAGCUCUCUUUGCCGUCACUUUGCUGCUAUUCACGCUCUAUGCAUACCAACAGCGUAAAAAAUACUCUAGGUAGUAUCAAAAAGGACUCCAGGCAGAACGUUAUCUACAAACCAGCAACUAAAGAAGAGGCAUAGAUGUCACUGGAAAGGAGUCUUAUUCAGAUUUUAUAUUCAAACUAUUUUCAAUAGGAAUUAAAGAGAUUAUCCAGUACUUUUGUAGACUUUUUUAGCCUAGAACUAGGUACUUUUGUAGACUUUUUAGCCAGUAGUUCUGAAAGUAGCUCUCACAAGCCAAAAGUGGUCCCUGGAAAUUGCAUACUAUAUCAGAUUGUGUGCAGAUACUGUAUGAGCAGCACGUCAUCGCUCUCUCGCUCGCUCUACUGUGGCGCAUGAUGUGCCUCUUGCUAGCUGUCACUAUUAUGACAAGUGGUUGAAGCUCAUUAGUUGAAAUCAAACUGGAAAAUGGAGGGAAAAUGGACAAGUACAGCUUCCCGAAAAACAGUCUCUUUCAAGCUAGUGAUUUCAUGGCUAAUUACAGUAAGACAGUAAUUCUGAUAAUAGAUUAUUCAUGUAUGAACUGCACAUUGACACAUCCAGCCCAAAGUGGGAUGUUUAAAAAAUACUUAUUCGUUGCCAAUGUUUCGGAGGCGGUGUCUUUAAAAGAGUUAUGAUCGAGAAUUCAUAUUGCUCAAACCAAGUUUAACAUUUGCUCAGAAUGAUUGUUUUCGUCUUUGUUACUAAUGCAAAGUGGUUUAAGUAUGUAAUACGAGUCAGUGGAGGCUGCUGGGUGGAGGACGGCUCAUAAUAAUACCUGGAAUGGCGCGAAUGGAAUGGCAUCAAACACAUGGAAACCGUGGAAACCAUGUGUUUGAUGUUGUUGAUCACUUUCCACCUAUUCUGCUCCAGCCGUUACUACGUGCCUGUCCUCCCCAAUGAAGGUGCCACCAACCUCCUGUGAUGUGUGUAUAUGGUACGUGUAGAAGAACAGCUGUAGUUACCACCUGAGUAAGAAUGUAUACAAUGUGUUCUAUUUAAUUGUGGUGGCAAAAUGAUAAAUGUUCAUGAACUUCAAUACAAUUGACUUACUGUCGAAGAAAGUCAAAUCACUUUUUCCCAGGGUGUUCACUUCGUUACAAGUACUAGACCUGCAGAUAAAAGUGUUAUGCUGUAUCGUGUGUGUUGGAUAUCAUGCAGGAAGUGUUUUAUAUGAGUGUUGUAUUGUUAUUACUAUAUAUCCUCAAAUGUAUGGACACUUGUCACUAAAACCGUUAAGUUGUUUUGUAGUUUACCUCUCAACCUCUCCACAAUGGUGUAUACUGAUGUGCAAUUGGACCUUGAAAUGUACAAUAAAUGUGUUAUAUUCUUAUAAAGUCUGUCUCAU